GUAUCGCACGGAACAAAAGUUUUUCUCAGCAUACGCAAACAAAAAUACUAGCAGUAAGAUAAAUGUACUGUCUUUCAUGAAUUCUAACUAUGACGUAUAUCUAACAUACUUUAUGUGUUAUUUUUCUAUAUUAAGCGUAUUGCUUGUUUUACCAAUAAGAGGUUUUGUAUUCUAGACUAUUUCUAAAUGCAAGUAAUGAUUUUCCAAAAAAUCUGUACCAAAUAAUUAUGUUUCCUAGCGGUUUUGUGAGAUUUUUACUUUUGUUUGGUAUAUAUUCUGAAGUAGAACCCUACGAUAUCCAAAUAACAAAGGUAACAAAAGCUCAAUUUAAAAUAUCUCACAAUAUCAGACACAGUUUGCUGAAAAUAUGUUUAUAUAAUAAUAAAUGGGUACAUUGCCCAAAUGUUUUGCGAUUUAGCCCAAAUUACAAAACAAUGUAUUCCAGAAGAAGUCACUCAUGCGUUUUAAAGUUACCCUUUUCACAUGGUGACAUUUUACCAGUACCCGAAACUCAAAAAAUAAAUAUAGAUGAUAUUAUUCCAUCAUCAACAAUCUACAGCACUUCGCCAAAUAUUCGACAAAGCCAAGAUAAUGGAAUACAUAAAAAUAAGAGGAAUAAUAUAUUAUCAAAACAAAGUAAGUUUAAUUACCAAGCAACCGCACCAAUUUUCUCUAGCGUGCAUAACACAUUUACACAUUCAUUAAACGAUUCGAUAAUGUCAACUGCAUACGAAAACUUAAAAAGUAAUAACGAGAAAAAUGUUAACACAAAGCUUGCAAAUAUUGAAGAUGACGAAAAUAAUGAACAAGAAAAUGCAGAUCUUUUUGAUUUAUUUUUUAAAUCAUUGAACCAAUUUGAGCGUAUCUUUUACCAGGUGACGUUUAAUAAACUUAUAGCAAUAAGUCCUCCUAAUCGUCAAGAAAAUGGAAUUAGUUUUAUUCAAUCAGCACUGUUUUUUUAUUUAGCUCUUAUGGCUAUAUCCACAGAAGUUGAUCAACCCACUAGACUAGAAAUCGAGAAAUGUUUAGGAUACAAUGCAUCAAAAAUGGAAAAAAUAAAAAUGUUGGGCCAAAUUAUUUCAUGGCUACCCAAUUCAAAUAGUGAUAUGAAAUUUCGCUGGGCUUCCCGUCUCGUCCUUAGAGCUGGGAUGCCAGUCAGCCAGCAGUUUGUCAACGAUGUCGCAACAGCGGCACAAAUAAGUGUGGGUCGAUUGAAUGACACGGAGACUCCAAAUAAUUUAAGCAAAAGUCUUAAUCGUAUGAUCGAGGAAGAUUCAGGCGGUGCAUUGCGAGAUACUUUUGACGUGGAAGAUAUGUCAGGGGGAUUGUGUUCAAUAUUCUUAAAUACUAUGUACAUUCGCGCUCGCUGGCGUUCACCUCCAACUGUACUAAAUGGUACCAGAAAGUUCUACUAUGCCAAUAAAGCAGCUCCUAGCUCCGUAAGGAUGAUACGAAUAAAUGACGUUAUGCGAUAUUGUCCUCUUGACGAAUGGAAUGCUGACGCUGUCGAAAUUAAAUAUGCAACUCCCGGUCUGUCACUUAUGUUGUUGGUUCCUCGAGAACACUCUAUCAGAAGUCUAGCGAAGAUCAUGUCAAAUAUUAGCAUACACGAUCUUAAUACCAAAAUGCGUACAAAGCGAAUAGCCGCAACUAUGCCUAUUUACACUUUACGAAUGACAUUACUGUUACCAGGAAAAUUAAAAACGAUGGGCGUUUCACGUUUGGUAGAGACGAACAAUUCGAGUCGCUGCGAUAAAAUGCGCCUAUCUAAUGCUGUCCAGCGCCUAAUGUUUUGGGCAGAAGCAGGCAGAAAUGCUUUUAAAGACGACGGAAUUGAGUGGGACGAGACACCGGAAUUAGAAAUUGUGUUGGAUCGGCCCUAUAUAUUUUAUGUUCGAUGGAAGAAUAUAACAUUAAUGAAUGGACAUUUUGUAUUAUAAAUAACAAGGUACCUACUAAAGGAUUUUCAGUAAAUA